AUGUACAGGCUGUUUAUUCGAAACGAACAGACAUUAUCAUGUCUUGACCGUUCCUCCAUUCCUUUCUCCGAUAAAUGUUCAACCAUAAUAUUAACUCCAUGCCCAACCGAUAGGUUUCAAAGUUUUACAGAAUCUUUCGAAUGGAAUAUCAUUCCUGUCAAUUCCUCGUUAAAAAAUUCUCCGAUAAUAAUAAAAUCCGAUAAAUUUUGUUUGAGUGCUUUGCCAAAUAGUAAUAAUAUAAAUGCUUGCUCUUGUGAUAGUGCCGCCACAAACCAACAAUGGAUUUUGAAUAAUGAUGGGGUUUUAAAUAACGUUGAUUCCGGAAAAUGUUUAGGUUUAGUAGGUGACAAAGUUGCCUUGGGAACUUGUCAAGCUUGGAAGUUUUAUCACGUUGCACCUCAUGCGGUAAACUUGUACACAAGCAAAGAAUUUACCGGAAAAAAAGAAAUACUUUUGGUCAAUACCUACACUUCAAAAUCAUUACCUGCCGAAAUAUUUUCAUCAGCAUUCUCUCUCGAGAUUCCACCGGGAUUCGAAUUUAUUGUUAAUAAAAGUAAUAAUAAAGUCGAAAUUUUUGAAUCUGACAUUGCGCAGAUGUCACCCAUCGAUUCUCUCGAUUCUAUCAUUAUCAGAUUAAAACCUGGAAUGAUAAUCUAUGAAGAACCCGCGUAUUUUGGUGCAAGUAAAUUUAUGAAAGUCGGACCUUCAGAAUUACUCCCAACUAUGAACCUUGGUUCCGCUUUGGUUUCUGAAGGUUUUCGUGGCGUUUUUUGGUCAAAUUCAAAUUUUACUGGGAAUAACAUUGGUUUAUUUGAGUCCAUAGCUAACUUUACCGGAGCUCCAGUAGACGCUAAGCAACUCUCAGUUGCCAGUUUAGACAUCUCAGCCACCGCAUGCCAAAAUGAGUGUGGUUCUAGUGGUACCUGUUCAUCUGAUGGUACUUGUACUUGCAAGCCUGGUUUCACUGGUGACAGAUGCGAACGAUGUUUACCCGGGUUCUUUGGACCUACUUGUCAAGAAUGCAACGCAAAAUGUAAUAAAAUUUGUGAUGAUGGAUUGGCAGGAACCGGAGAAUGCAAAUGCAAUCCAGGAUUUACCGGUGAAACUUGCAAUCAAUGUGCUCCCGGUUUCUUUGGUAACAAGUGUGAAGAAUGUCAAUGUGGUAAUGGCACUUGCGAUGAACAAGGCAGUUGUUCUUGUAAUGCUGGCUUCUUGUUGGACCCUAAAAAUAAUCGAUGCAUGGAUUGUAAAGAAGGAUUUUAUAAAUCCGGAAAAGAGUGCAAGCUAUGUGCUCCGGGUUGUGAAUCAUGCGAACCGGAGACCGGAAAGUGUCAAUGUUUACCGAAUCUUAAGUCUUCUGAUGAUGGACUAUGCGAACCAAAUCCAAAUUUGAAUUGUUCAAUAGAUCAAUAUUUUGAUACAGAUCUUCAGACGUGUACUAAUUGUGAUCCUACCUGCGAGACAUGUUUUGGACCUGGAGUUGGAGGAUGCCUAAAGUGCCAACCAUCAAGGGUUUAUUUGGAAGGUUCCUGUAUUUUAUUAACACAAACUACCGAAAGUAAAUGUUCACCUUCUGCAGUAAAUCAGGCAUUUGUUAUAGAUAAUUCAAAACGAACCUGUGAAACUUGUCCAAGUUCGUGCCUUGAUUGUUCAAUUCCAAACUUCAGUGAGGUUAGUCUUAUUGAAGAAGUACAAUGCACCAAAUGCAUGCCGGGUUUUUUUCUUAAUAAUGGUACAUGUGUAAAAAAUUGUCCUGAAAAUAAAUAUGCUGACAAUACCGAUUUCGUUUGUAAAGACUGUGACACCAGUUGUGCUAGUUGUAAGGGUCCGAAAGGAAAUGAAUGUAUUACAUGUUCGAACGAAAAUUUCUUCGCUUUAGAUGGAGUCUGCUCAUCCACCCAAUGUCCCUCUGGAUUUAUAGCACUUAACACAACCUGUACAAAGUGUCAUUCAGAUUGUACAGAAUGCACGGGUCCAGAGAUCAAUCAAUGCACCAAAUGUCCACCUAAUCGUCCGAUUAUAAAAGAUGGACAAUGUGUAGAAGUUUGUCCGAUGGGAACUUACGCUGAUGAGACUGGAUGUCAAAAAUGUAAUGCGGAUUGUUCUUCAUGCGUUGGAUCAAGACCUGAUCAAUGUCUUGGAUGUAGUGACCAAUCUAAAAUUUUACUUGGAGGUUCAUGUAGUGGAUCAUGUCCAGCUGGAAGUGAAUUAAUUAAGAGUGAAAGACUCUGUCAAAAUUUGGUCACUGAAGACAUACUUCCGCCCGAAAAAACGAAGGAAGAUCAAAAACAAGAUAAUUACUUUAAUACAUCUAAAGGACUUGAAUGGUGGAUGGUUCUUUUAAUUGCUCUCGGAUCAAUUUUAUUCUUGAUAAUAAGUGUUAUGAUAAUGAGAUGUUGUGCUGUAAGAAGAAGAAAGAAAAAAACCAAGGAAUUUGGUGAACAAAUUGAUGAUAAUGUUGUGAAUGAUAAUUUGAAGACGAUGUUGCGUAAUGCACGUGAGCCCUCUCAACCGGAAAUGUCUCAUGACCCGAGACCUGCAUUGAGACCUCAUGAAAUUGAGAACCCAUUAAAUCAAAGGGCCGCCGAAAGGCAUCAAAAAACUAUGUCCAUAUCUUCUGAUGAUUAUAAUAAAUGGAAAAAGAAACUUACAAAGAGUGAUAAAGACUGGGGAGGAUUUAAUAAUAUUGCAAAUACAGAAGGAUCUAAUUCUGGUCAUAGGAAUAGUAAAAGGUCUAUAAGAUCAACUAAUUCGAUUAGCAUUAAAAGGUCCUACAAUCUUCCGCUCAAUAUUGAUGGAAGUAGGGAAGGAAAUUGGGUUUAA